CAGGGUGCUGCAGAAGUGCCAGUAGCACACUUCGAACCUCAGGUGGCGAUGCUUUGUCAUUCCAAAGACGAUGCGUACCAUAGCCAAUACAUGACAGAAGCGGGUCGAUGGACAACAGACCCGCAACACAAGUUUACCUGCGCCAAAGAGAAAAUGGACAUCCUAGAAUACUGCAAGAAGGUUUAUCCAAAACAUGAUAUUACUAACAUUGUGGAAUCCAGUAGAUUUAUCAAAAUAACAAACUGGUGUAGAGUGGGUCAUUCAAAAUGUAAGCACACUGCGUGGGUCAAACCAUUUAGGUGUUUAGAAGGUCCAUUCCAAAGCGAUGCUCUCCUAGUACCUGAAAACUGUCUUUUUGACCAUAUUCAUAACCAGACAAAAUGUUGGGAAUUCGAAAGGUGGAAUCAGACUGCUGCACAGGCUUGUCUAGACCGGUCAAUGUCUCUUCGUACAUUCGCUAUGCUUCUUCCUUGUGGAAUUUCAUUGUUCUCAGGAGUAGAGUUUGUUUGCUGUCCAUCUAAAGCAGAUAAAAUACCACUAAAAAAAACAGUGGUUCCAGCCCUACCCAUGGGUGGGUCAGAGGUAUUCGAUAAUGUUGAUGAUGGUGAAGACGACUUGGACCCAGAUGACGAUGAAGACUCUGAGGAUGAUGAAGAAGAUGAUGACUAUGAUGGUUAUGAUGAUAUCCUAAGCUCAAGUACCACCAGUACACAAGCUCCUACAACUGAGCCUCCUAGGCCUACCACAGGGAUACCUACACCUGAUCCAUACUUUACAAAUUUUGAUCCACGUGCUGAGCAUCAAGCUUACAAGGAAGCACAGCAGCGCUUAGAAGAGCUUCAUCGAGAGAAAGUCACAAAGGUAAUGAAGGAUUGGUCUGAUCUUGAAGAAAGGUACCAAGAUAUGAGGAGCUCAGAUCCAAAAUUAGCUGAAGAAUUUAAACAAAGGAUGACUCUUAGGUUCCAGCAAACAGUUCAAUCAUUAGAGGAAGAAGGAAAUGCAGAAAAACAUCAAUUAGUUGCAAUGCAUCAACAGCGGGUUAUGGCCCAUAUUAACCAAAGGAAGAAGGAAGCCAUGACUUGUUAUACACAAGCAUUAAAUGAUAGCCCUAUCAAUACCCAUCGUGUACAAAAGUGCCUUCAGAAACUACUUCGAGCACUUCACAAAGAUCGCCAUCAUACCAUUUCCCACUACAGACACCUGCUCACAUCAAGUCUGGAACAAGCUGAACGAGAGAAAUCCAUCACUUUGGAACAUCUUGUCGAUAUUGAUCAUAUGGUUAAUCAAUCAUUACAAAUGCUUGACAGAUUCCCUGAGUUAUCUUCAAAAAUAUCACAGUUGAUGUCUGACUACAUGCAAGCCCUCAGAAGUAAAGACGACACUCCUGGAUCCCUCCUUUCCAUGACCAGAGAAGCUGAAGCUGCUAUACUUGACAAAUACCGAGCUGAUGUCACUGCACUUCAAGAAGAUAAAGAAAGAGAAAGAGUGCUGGAGAAGGAACGCAAGGAAGCUCACAAGAGGGAAAGAACUGAACUGAGGGAAGAAGCUAGGAAAUACGAUCCAGAAACUGUUGAAGAUGAGCACAGUACUGAAACUGGACCAUUGACUUCAGCUGCCCCAGUUCUCCAUGAGCAACAACCACAACUUUAUGCACAUGCUAUGACUCACGAUAUCAGCCACAAUGAGCCAACUUAUUCUGUUAGGAGAGAGGUGUAUCGUGACACAAAGGGUCUCUACUUCAUUUUAGCUUUUGCUGGUAUUGCAUUAAUGAUUGCUGUUUUGAUGGGUGGAGCUGUACUACGAAGGCGAAGUGCACGAUCACCUCAAAAUCAGGGUUUCAUUGAGGUAGAUCAAGCGGCUACUCCAGAAGAAAGACACGUAGCCAAUAUGCAGAUCAAUGGAUACGAAAAUCCAACAUACAAAUAUUUCGAAGUCAAAGAGAACUGUAUGUAAAAAACACAAAUAAAGUAUAAGAGAUGUGGGGGACCUCACAGAAUGUAAACGUCAGCCAACUUGUAUAUUUCCCCCUUUUGGUUGAGUAAGCCAGUAGAUCUUGGAGGUCCUGUGUAUUUUGAUACCUAGCUCGACAUAGAGGAACCUUGUACUUAUAUAUAAAUUUGAUGUGUUAGCUUAGAAUUUGUGCCAUAUUUCUGUAUAAUUUUCUUUUGUAUAAUUUUAUUAUUUCUUCUCUCUUUUCAUUUUAUAUUUAAAAACAAUUUCAUCCCACAUCUGAGGCUUACUGAAAUUAGUUGCGUGUAAUCACUUGUGUGUAAAGUGUGAAUAGGUGUGUCGUAUACCCUAUAAUUAAGUAGAGUUUUAAUACUAAUGCUAUCACCCUAAAAAAGUACUCAUCACAAGGAAAAUGAAUCAUUUGCAGUAUUCAACAUUUGCAUAUACUGUUUCUAGCACUUAUAAAAAAUAUUUGUGACAUCUUACUUGAAAAUUUCACAUCAAAGCUUUUCAAUAAUAAUGUUAGUGCAUUUCCUUUUAAGAUAAUUAGUUGGGAUUCUAAUAAGAAAGUCCCUCCAUUCAUAAUAAAUUUUUACAUUUUUUUAAGUAAAAUGCACAUUCCGCACAAGUACAUAUUUUAUUUAUGUUUUUCUUAAUUUAACUUGUGUGUUUUGUUUUCUUCCUUUGUAAUAUGGUGUAAGUAUUUAUUAAUAAACUUAUAAAUAUGAAAAAAAUUGAUGAUAAUUUGGCACAUAGUUAGUGCCAUCACUCUUCGGUAGGUUCCUCUAUACUUUUUUUAAAUUUUUUUUGUGCAUAAAAAAUGAAGAUAAUAAUUAAUAUUAAAAUGUAAAAUUCAAAGAUGCAUUAUACAUUUAAAUAAAAUUAUACAGACUAUGAUAGUAUAUAACCUGUUGUAUGUGACUGUUGCUUUACUCGAUGUAGCUUAAAGUGGUAUUUUUUUUAAGUUAGUGAAAUAUGCAACAUUGUAAAUUGUCUAUCGCUGCUAUAUACUUUGUUAUGUUGUAAAUUAUAAAUACUAAUAAAUUAUAUGUAUUACCUCUACUAUAAAAUAUAAACUGAUUAUUAUGACAUCUUACUUUAAAUAAACUUAUUAUAAAACAUUUUUUAAAAAAUUAUAAAACUGAUAUAUCUCAGUAACUCAUCAUAGCUGUUCAUAUUAUACGUUCCAUCAAGCUGUGUCACAUUCCAAAAAUGUUUUAAUAAUAUGAAAAAAUAACGUAGUUAUUUUGUAAACAUUCCUAAUAAGGUUUUGUAAAGUUUGUAUUUAUGAAGAAUCUCAUUUUGUUAAGCUUUAUUCCAAAAAUAGAUUAAUAGAGCAUAAACUGUUAUUUUGAUGUACUUCUAUUCUAAACUACAUUAGUUCAAUAAAUAAAUACCUGUAUAGACAUGGUAUAGGUAAGAAUUAAAGUGUUAUAGGAUAAUUAUACACAAGAAAUAAUAUCAGAUGGAAGAUAUUGAUUUCAUACAUAAAUAACAAUUUAUAUUAUCUUUCCAGAUUCCUUUAUAAUCUUUUUCCAAAUGUCAUGAAGAAAAGUCAUGUAAGCAACUUUCAUGCAAAAUGAAGUGUUUUUUAAAACAUGGAACUUAUUGUGAAUUUAUUUGUUAAUAUGAUGCAAAGAACAUGUCCACUAGUAUUGUCCAAUAUAAGAGUGUUAUUAUCAAUAUUUUAAUUACUGUAAUUUAUUUAUUAAAUAAAACUUAAUACCUUUGAUGUA